UUUUUCCAACCCAAAAUAAUCGGAUGAAACCAACAAAUUCGCUUAAUGUUUUGGUGUCACUGAAUCUUCAUGUUUUGCUGAAAAAAGCUUUGUACAAUUUUUUUUUUUUUUUGGCCAAGCUUUACUUUUGAUGCUCUGCUUCCAGAAACCUGUACCUGACCUUGUUUGAAUGUUUGUCUGAUUUCAGGGAGAAAAGACGACUCCAUCUCUUGUGCUACAGACCAAAGGAUAUUUGAAUAGACAAGCAUUAUGCCUUUUUUGCAUGGCUUCCGCAGGAUCAUUUUUGAGUAUCAGCCACUGGUAGAUGAGAUCUUGGGAUCUUUGGGGAUACAGGAUCCUGACAAGCAGGAAACUCUAGAGAGUCCCAGCUGCCUAGCUGAAGACAGCAGCAAAUUCUUGGUCCUCAGCGAGCUGCUGGAGAGAGAGACCCAGUCCCCAUUCUACCACGAAGGAGUGAGCUACUCCUUGCUGAAGGUAGCUGAACUUGGGCUGGUGCAUGCAGCCGAAGUCCUCCUGCAGAAUGGGGCCAAUCUCAUCUUUGAAGAUCCUGUCACCUAUUACACGGCUCUGCACAUCGCUGUUCUCCGAAACCAGCCGGACAUGGUGGAGCUGCUAGUGCGCCAGGGGGCGGACGUUAACCGGAGAGACCGGAUUCACGAGAGCAGCCCCCUGGAUCUGGCCAGCGAGGAGCCUGAACGGCUGCCGUGUUUGCAGCGUCUCCUGGAACUCGGGGCCGACGUCAACGCAGCAGACAAAAACGGAAAGACAGCCUUGCUCCAUGCCCUGGCCAGCAGCGAUGGAGUUCAGAUCCACAACACCGAAAACAUCCGGCUCCUGUUGGAAGGAGGAGCGGAUGUGAAGGCCACCACUAAAGAUGGAGACACCGUCUUCACCUGCAUCAUCUUCUUGCUGGGCGAGACGGUGGGCGGGGAGAAAGAGGAGGUGCGAAUGAUUAACCGCUUUUGCUUCCGGGUCACUCAGCUGCUGAUGGUCCAUGGUGCUGACCCCAGCGAGUGCCCAGCCCACGAGUCACUCACGCACAUCUGCCUCAAGAGCUUCAAGCUUCACUUCCCGCUCCUGCGCUUCCUUCUGGAGUCGGGGGCCUCCUACAACUGCUCCCUCCACGGCCCCUCCUGCUGGUCCGGCUUUCACAUUGUCUUCGAGAGGCUGUGCUCCCACCUCAGCAGCUCAGAAGACGACAGCUUCUCCGCUGACCUCCUGCAAAAAGCAGAAACAGUCCUCGAGCUCAUGGUGGCCAGCUCGCAGGUCCCGAAACUGCCUAGCAACUUUGAGAUCAACUCCACCAGCUGCAGGUUCCAUGGGGAGAAGAUCAAGGCCCUUUUCCAUUCCCUGAAACAGCUGGAGCACACCCCGCAGUCCCUGAAACAUCUCUGCAGGGUGUAUCUGCGGCAGCGCCUCAAGCCGUGGCCAGUGGAUGUGAAAAUAAAGGCCCUUCCUCUUCCCGACAGGCUAAAGUGGUAUCUCCUCAUAGACCACAGCAGUGCCAGUGAGGAGGACAUCUGAGCCAGGCAAGGCACAGACCUGGACCGCUCCCUCCCCAAACACUCUUGGGACUCAGUUUCCCCACCUGGAAAACUGAGGGGUUCUUUAUGGUUCAGACCAGCUUCCUCCACUGCUUUAUUUGAACAUGCCAUGCUGUCCCCAAAUACCGCUGUGGGGCCUGUGCAUGUGGGCGCUGCAUGGGCCUGGCUUCUCUGGGAAGGGAUGGCCCUCAGCAGCAUGUUACCUGAAUCCCAACGAAGAGCGAGUCGGGAGUGGGAGGGCAGAGGGACAAGUGACGGGCCAAGCUCGCGUGUUGGUCAGAAGGCUGCUUCACACAGACAUGCCAGAAAUGCCUGCCUGGAUUUGCAGUCAUGAGGUGAUGCACGCUGUAGGUUGUCCAAUUACAUGCGCCGUGCUGUUCGAAUACACCAAGGAACAAAGAGUUCCCCUCUUACCUGCCCACCUGUGAGUUUCCUGUCAGGCACUGAAUUUGGGAAUGGCUGAAGCAGUGCCUUAGACAAACGGCUGCUUCCAAAUCUGUCGCCUCGGGGGAGUGUGGCCUGGAGGCAGAAAGAAGCCUGGAGCUGCUCUGAGAAAACAUUCAGUGAGGGCCUCCCUCUCCCGCCUCCUUGGGAAGAGUUGCGGGAGGUUUCGCCUCAGGCCAGGCCCAGGCAUGGGCGGUGCUGCCAGAAGGAUUGAUGGACUUUCACCAGCCCCCUCUGUGCACAGCCUUGAGCGGGCCUGGCUCUCCCAGCACUUGGAAAGCAAGAACCAUGGUGCAUCAGUAUGUGUCACGCCAACUUCCCCCAGGACUUCCUGGAACCAGUCACUUAGCCUGUCGCACUCCUCUCAGAGCUGUACCGCCUGCCAGGACCACAGAGGGAGCAGAGAGGUUUGCUUUCUCUGUCUUUCCCCAGGCACUUGCCAGCACUUGAGGCAGAGGCUGGGGUCCCGGUGACCCAUGUGGGCCUUGGGCUCAGACAGACCCGUACAAACAAGAGGGAAGGGGCAGGGCUUGCCACAGCACCUGAAUCUCUAGCUCCAGGCUUUACCAUGCGCUGCUAUUGCAAGUGGAGGGUGGCUUCGUACAAGGAGGCACUAAGGGGCUAGUGGAAGAUGUAGCAGAAACAGGACUAACGGGUCUGGAUGUGGAUUUUCAGGCCAGGCCAUCCUUUUGGCUUAGCCUAGCAGCACUGUCUUUCCUGCUCCUCCACCGUGGGGGUGUCUAGAGGUGCUCUCCCCACUGCUACCUGCACCACACAGUAUCGGGGUACACAAGGCUCUGGGGUAGGGGUGCUCCUCACCUCCUAUGGCCUUGUCUUGGGCUGCAGGUGUCCCAUGAAGGCAGUGGAGGGUUCCCCCUGGCCAGAGAGCACUUUGCAGCCCCCUUAUUCCAGCCUACCCUGCCCUGGCAGCAAUGGGCAGGGCUCUCGGCCCGUGUGGCUACCAGCCCACCCAAAACCCUCAGUGUGAUCUCAGUCUGGGGCUGCCAAGAGGACAGGCCAAGUUACAGCACUAUCCCCUCAGGGUAGCCUCCCUCCUGCACGUUGUUUGCUUCUCAGCUGCCAAAGCCAAACAGCGGCUCAGUCAUUCUCCCCCCUGAGCCACAAAGCAAGGGCUCCCCCACGGAAAUCCACUGUGCUGCGCCUCAGAUUACAAAGCUGGGCGCAAACAGCCUUCCAGUAUCUGAGACUAAUACUCUUCCUCCCAGACCAUCACCCUCACCCGUUUGUUAAGGCUGACAGGAGGGCAAGCUGAUGAAAUUCACUGUUCUGCCAAACUCCAUCUCCCCAGCCCCAAACACGUCACAGGAGCAGCUGAUGAUCAUGUUGACAAAUGGGUGUAAAAUGAACCACUGUGCCAGUGUCUUGCUGAGAUCAAGCCAUUAAAUGAGCUAUUGCAAUAGAAAAUG